AUGCGCCCAGACCUUCUCCCGCCUUUGGUGAUCCCCAAAAGGCGUUCUCCGCCGCCAAUUCUGGUGGCGAGUCAUGCCCAGCACCUUCAGCAGCAAGUAGAGCGGCCAUUUCGGCCCUCCUACCACAGUCUUUCUCCCAGAGUCUUACCAAGUCGACCACCCGAACUCAAGCUCGACGACAUUGACGACAUUGAUGUUUUCAACUUCUACAAUCCCUGCCUCCUCCCGCCGUCCCCGAUCCGCCCGUUCCCGGCCCGGGCGCACACCGAUCCCACCGCGGGGCUCCCCGCGCCGCCGCCGUACUCGAGGGACCCACCUCCUCCCGAGCCAGCCCCUGGCCUGCGGAGGUCAACCUACACCAUGACCCGGCGCGGCCGAGACAACAACGCCCGACGCAGCAAUUACGUUGCCAUCUUUCCACCGGCGCGUUCGAGGUCGCCUUCGCCGCCACGAGCCGAUCCCGAACGCGAACCAGUUGUCUCGCCCUUGUCGAUCCAACGAUCACCCUCCCCCUUCUACGCGCGACCACCACCGCCAAUCCCACCACGACUACGGCCCCGCCCCGUCACCCUCCCUCAAUGGGACGCAUCCGGCCCGCACUUCGAAGCCUCGCGGCCACCCUCGCCCGCCGUCGCGCCGCACCCGCAGCCGUUCGCCCCACCGCCGUGGGACGCAAGCAGCAGCAUCUACUCUGUGCACACCGACGUGCCCAGCAUCUACAUCCACGACGAGGGGCAUGAUUCGUCGCGCGGCUCGUCCGAGGAGGAGGAGGACGAGGAGUACACCACGCCAUAUCUUGCCGUCAGGCCGGACAGCCGGCUGGGGCUGGGCCGCGAGGGAGAUCAAGAGAGGGAGCAGCUCGCGCUGAGGGAACUGUGGGGCGUCAUCGAUGGGAUGUUAGGCCCCGGCAAGAAUCUGAAGGAUUAUGAUUCCAAUAGCUUUGCUAGUAGCAUGGAUGAUCUGGCCAAGGCGGCUGGGAGUUGGGAUGGCAUCGCGAAGCAGGAUAGUUCACAAAGCGACCAGAGCAUGUACGGGGAAGCGACAUGGUGGCGGGCGUUUCGGCAGGGGUUAUUGCUUUCAUAGUCUAGGGUCUCACGGUGGCUCCUACAUGAUGAUACCCAACCAAUAAUACCAAGCAUCUUUCAACAAGCUACCCGAUCCUUCCAUCUACC